UUAUAAUUAUCGCGUUUGUUUGCCCCGUUUUCAACCCCUGGCAUAUGUGGUGCAUCUUUAUAUAAGUACACAUUAGAUUCGGUUUAUGGUGUCUAUUUAGUUUGCCAAGAUUAGAUCUGAUAUAUAUCGUAUUUAGUUUUAUAUCACAAAUAUGUGGUGGCAGGUAUUAGCGCUAGCGGCGACCGCCGUGUCAGUCUCUGGCCACGGUAGGGUGCUGGAGCCGCCGGCGCGCGGCACCAUGUGGCGGUUCGGCUUCUCCACGCAGCCCAACUACGAUGAUGACGGCCUCAACUGCGGAGGAUUCUACCACCAGUACAGUGUCAACGGGGGAAAAUGCGGCAUCUGCGGGGACCCCUACGACAUGGAAUCUCCGCGGACCCACGAGCUCGGCGGCAGAUACGGCCAGGGCACCAUAGUCGCGGAAUACGAGGCCGGCCAGAUAUUCUCGACCACAGUAGAGAUCACCGCCCACCACAAGGGCUACUGGAUCUUCAAGAUCUGCCCAGACCCUUACAGCAUAGACCAGGACUGUUUUGACGCUAAUCCUAUAGAACUCGAAGAAGGAGGCACCCAAUACUAUCCACCCAAUGGUGGAAAAUUCAACGUCAACUACCGCUUACCUUCAAAUCUCAUUUGCGACCACUGCGUCCUGCAAUGGAGGUACGUCGCUGGAAACAAUUGGGGAGACUGCAAGAAUGGAACCCAGGGUCUAGGGUGUGGAGAUCAGGAGAACUUCCUCGCCUGCAGCGAUAUUUCCAUAAAGAGAAGCUCGUAUAUACCAGUGGAGUCUAUACCCAUUCCUCUCGACUUUGAUUAUGAAGGUAAGGACAACGAAUAAUGGGCAUCACGGUGAUGGUUUAUAGUAGUUCCACUUGUUAAUAUGCAAUCUAUGCUUCUAAUAAUGAUCCUUCAAAGUCUCUAACUGUGUAAAUUUUUAGCUUGUUCGGUAUCUUGUUCUAUUAGAGCUGUUACGUUUUUCUAUCUCCUAAAGAAGUUUACCAGGCAUUUACACGUACAUUUUGAAUAAUACUGCAAAUUAGAUGUGUGCCAAAAUAUUCAUGCAUAUUUUUUAUGCUUGGUGAAUUUUUUACAACUUUUUU